AUGAAAGCAAAAAGAGGAUUGUAUGAGAGUAGAACAGCUCUUCACAUAGCAGCUGUGAAGGGUCAUGAUGACUGUGUUAAGAUGCUGCUUGAUGCUGGUGCUGACCCCAACUGUCAGGAUGAUAACGGCAUGACACCACUACACUGCACUCUCAGGUUCGACACUUCUUAUUACUGGAGAUCAGAACUCUACGAUGCUGAAUGUCUUCAAGUGUUAUUAAAUGAUUCCCGCUGUGAUCCCAACAUAAAAGACAACUAUAAUAACACCAGCUUAUAUUAUGCUGUGGUGAAUAAAGCUGAGGAUUGUGUGAAGAUGCUUCUUAAUAAAGCUGGUGUUGACCUUAACUCUAGGAAUGAUCAAGGUCAGACACCAUUACAUUAUGCUGCCUUGAUUAACCACACUGGAAUUAUGGAACUGUUAUUACAUGAUGAACGUUGUGAUCACAAUGCAGAAGACAAUGAUCAUAAUACUGCAUUUCACUAUGGCAGCCAGAGUGCUGAAGGUUUGAUGGCAGCUCAUGCCUGCUCAAGAUUUUGCUUCAACCCUGAUGUCCAAAAAUGUACUGGUACAAACACCUAUUUGGAGAGAGCAAGGCUGCAAGGUCCGACACACUGUGUUGUGGUGGCUGAGGAACUACAACGCACCAAACGUAAACCUGCUGAAACAUCCACUACCAACAUAAUGGAAGACGGCGUCCGUGAAGGCUAG